AUGGAUGCCGGUCCUAGUCAACCUGGAGUGCAUGAUGAUGAUGCACACAUUGUCAUAGAUGAUGAUACUAUACACGAUGCACCAGUUAUGGACAAUAUUACUAUGGAUGAUGACCCUGCUGGUGAUGAUGUUGGCAUUGUUCAUGAAUAUAUCCUUACUCAGCCAUUCUCGAGAGGGCCAACUGAUCUAUCAAUCCCUAAAAGUUUUAAAAAUCAUGUUGCCACAACAAUUUGGAAUGGUGCUAAUGAAAGGGGGCCCUUGAAGUGUCAUAAUCACUUGUCUAAGAUUCGUUCGUGGUCAUGGUGGGAACAAGGCAACACCGCUACAUUUGUAAACAUUGUGGAGUUGUUAAGACUUUCACACUUAGCUCGUUGCACAUACCGCUUUGUCAACAAAAUCAUUGUGUCCAAUUUUGUUAAGAGAUUGCAACCAAAGACAAACACAUUCUAUUUGACUGUUGGAGAAAUGACUAUCACAUUGGACGAUGUCGCCACUAUCCUAUGGCUUCCCCUUGUAGGCAAGUCUAUCAGCGUGCGUAAGUUGACAGAAAGGUGGGCCAUUGCAUUAGUAGUUAAUACCUUGGGAAUUGAUAAGCAAGAGAUCAAACAUGAGAUGUCUAGUGUUGGAGGCAAUUCAGUGAGGCUUGAGUGA